UAUAAAAAUUUAAUCAGUGAACUAUUGGAUGAAGCAAGACGUAAAGAUCCAAGUUUACCAUCAAUGAUUAAACCAAAAAAUGCUGAUUAUCAUGUGGAUUUUUAUGGUUUCAAGCAUAGUUAUUUAAAUGAAACAAGUAUCAUUCAUUAUAGUUGUCAACAAUUGUACAAUUUUUAUACACGUCAAUUGUCAGGUGGUGAUGAGAAUUUCUAUCGUUGGACUGAAUUGUUAACACAUGCUAAUAGAGAAUUAACAAGAGCUGAUUUAGAAGUUCUAUGUCGUUCCGGUAUACCAAUUCAAUAUCGUGAAGGUGUAUGGCGUAUGUUAAUUCAUGGGGAAUUACAUCAAUUAAUGCAAAUUAAAGGACCAUUAUAUUAUAAUGGACUAUUAGAAGAAUUUAGUGAAAAUACA